AUGGUUCAAGCUAUCAAACUAAAUGACUUGAAGAAUAGGAAGAGGAGAAACACGGAAGAAGAAGAAGAUGGGAGUGAAGAGUCUGAAAUUGACAUUAGCAGUACCGAUUCAGAGAACGAAGAAGAGCAAAAUGGGGAUGAAGAGAUCGUAAAUAUUGACUUUGAUUUUUUCGGUGGAAAUCCAGAUGUUGAUUUCCAUGCCUUAAAGAACUUAUUACGUCAGUUAUUUGGUCCUCAAGAAAGCACCAGAAUUCAACUAAGCAGUUUGGCAGAUUUGAUCCUAGCAUUCCCAACUACCACAAUCAAAACUGACGGUAAGGAAUCUGAUCCAUACUGUUUUCUUUCCUUCGUUGAUUUCAAGGCCAGCCACAAUAGUGACUAUGCUAAAUAUCUACAAAAAGUAGACAUGAGGCUCUCUACUUUCUUCAAAACUAUUACUGAUAGCGGUAACAAAAGCUGCGCUUUGGUUCUCAGUGAAAGAUUGAUUAAUAUGCCUCCCGAAGUUGUUCCGCCUUUGUAUAAAAUUACUCUGGAGGAUGUCACUGCAACGCUUGGAGAUGACAGACAUUAUGAUUUCUACGUCAUCGUCACCAGAAAAUACGAAGUAAAUUUCGAUACUGACGAUGAUGCUGGAUCUGGUAACAAGAAUAAAAACAAGGACGAAAGAUCCAAGAAGAGGAUAAAGGCUGACGAGGUGGAUUACUUUCAUGAAGAAGACCGCUUUUUUGAGAAACAUGCCAAAAUUCACUUUGAAUCAGAAGCUAGAAAGGGUGUUAUCAAUUCCUAUAUGAUUCUUGAUCAUGAGGGCCUUGUCAAAAGUAUCAAUGAAUUGGAAUCUGAAAUCUCCACCUGGUGA